CUGGCAGACUGCCUUCAUUAUCCUCUUCCAUCCGGCGCAGGUUUUGACAAACACAACGGUCCCAUAAAAAGAAAGGACACGCUGAGAGACCGAGUCUGCUCUGUCCCAAAGCACAAGCGCGUCCCCCAGGCCGCCUGAGAACAUGCUCGAAGAACGGCAAGCCGCCGGGCCACCGCACGGCCUCCUCCUCGCCGCCGUCGUCGUCGUAGUCGUCGCCGUGCCGUUCAUCCUCGGGGACCAGGGCGAGGCCAUCACCGAGGCAAUCUCCGAGCUCCUCAGCCCCAUCGGCCUUCUCCUCCUCCCCAUUGGCCUCCUCCUUGCCAUCCAGUUCCUCUCCUCCGACCGCGCCUCCUUCGUCUCCGGCAUCUUCUCCCCUGGCGCCGGCCCUGACUCGAUCCACCGAGUCAGCGGGUCCCCCUUCGGCGUCGCACUCUUCCUCGUCCUCAUCCUGUUCCUGCUCUACAACCGCUUCUCGAUCUUCGGCGGCAACGACGACUCCGACGAGUGAGACCGACCGGACUUCCUCCGAUCUGAAGGUUUUUUUCACACUGCUUUUAACUAUUUUUCGUACUUCUCUACAGUUGUAGAUCUUCGUUUGUGGGGGUGGGGUUAGUUCUGUAAUUUCAUUGCCUGCUGCCAAUGGCAAUGGCUAUAUGGGUGUAAUUGCAAGAGGGGGUAUAGUUUUGAGGGUGUUUAUGGCAAUGAAAUUAGUGGACCCUGAUGUGCUUCUUCACCCCCCUCCGCUCUCUUGACCGGGCAGUGAUUAAUCAAGAGAAUAAUACCGUUUCAAUGUACAUGACAUUGGGUGUGUGUGUCGUCGAUUAUAAAUUUCUCUCUAUUUCUCUGAA